ACCGGAAGGAGUUGCCCGCCGUUUCCGGCGCGCCCCCGCCAGGUGUUUAGCGCUGCUAUGUCGUGGGUUCAAGCUGCGUCUUUGGGUCCAGAUCCUGGGAAGGAGGGAGACGUGUUUGAUGAGGACGCGGACGAGUCGCUGGUGGUGCAGAGGGAAUGGCGGAGCCACAUGCAGAGAAGAGUCAAAGAAGGUUACAGAGACGGAAUAGAUGCUGGCAAAGCAGUUACCCUUCAGCAGGGCUUCAAUCAAGGCUAUAAGGAAGGUGCAGAAGUUAUUAUGAACUAUGGGCAACUCAGAGGAACAUUGAGUGCUUUGCUUUCUUGGUGUCAGCUCCAUGAUAGUAGUUUGAUGUUGAUCAGUAAAAUUAGUCAUCUUCUGGAUGCAGUUGGCCAGUGUGAAGAAUAUGUGCUCAAACGUCUAGAAUCAGUCACUCCACAGCCUCACGUGGGAGAUUUACUGGACUCCAUUCAGGACAUGGACCUUCGUCAUGUAGUACCAGCUGAGGAGAAAACUGAUGGAAAUAAAGAUGAAAGACUCUGUGAAAAUAAUGCCGAACCCAAUACAAACUGUAGCAAGACAUUAAGCGGAGCAGAUUGCUUAUCUUCAGAAUGUUGUAGAGCACAUGAGUGUGCACAUUCUGAAACCCCAAGCCUCACUUGGAUUUUAGAACAGACACACAGCUUAGUGAGACAGCUGGGAGUCUCAACAGAUAUAUUACAGCACCUCAAACAGCUGUGAGAAAAAAAGAAAAAAGUCCACUCUUCUAAUGAAAAUAAUAUGCAGAAUAGUUUUGAGAACAUUUUGUUAAGCUAGCCAGAAUUUGUCCUGGUUUCUGUAUAGCAAGAAUUCACAGAAGGUAUCAUCCUUGAUAUGAUGGCAUUUUUGUGUGGAUGUUCUUAAAAGAAUGUCAAGAGAACUAAGUUAUUAAGACUACUAAAUAGAAAACAUACGCUACAACUUGUUUUGCUUUUUUAAAGUAUGAACUACAAUUUGUGAACAACCAGGAAUAUUUAUGAUUUAUGCAAUCUACUUCUCUUGCAUAGUUAUGCUUUGUGGUAAUGUGGAAUGCCUUCAAAAUUGACACUAUUAAAUGUAAUGUGGUCUUUA